AUGCUAUUCCUCACGCUCCUAGAGCAUGCGUUGAGAGCGUACUUCCUCGUCACUGUCGUACAUGCGCAGGAACAGCACAUUGUUUCGAUUGUGAACAACUGCGGCAAAGGCUAUCCUGUGCUGGGAGGACUAGACGGUCGUCAGUUCUACCCGACGAGUGAGCCCGUGGUGUUCGUAGGCCCAGCUUUAGGUCUAUUCUCAUAUCUGCAAUACACCGAUGAUGACGGCAACAACGUAUGCGAACAAAAUGGUGAAGGGUGUACGACAAUCGAAGCCUCGCUCAACAGUAACGGCAGCAGUGCAGACAUCUCACUUGUUCCCCCCCAUGCGUUCUCGGUGACCACGGGCUUCGGAUAUUACGAUGGCUGUGACGGGGCCGGAUUAGACUGUACCAACGCAGACUGUCCCGGAGCGAAGAAGCAUAACUCGAGCCAGGGCUGGUUACCGAUAUCUUGUUCGGCUGCGAACGUCAGCCUCGGAAUCACAUUUUGCGAUUGAGACAUUCCUGUGUCAGCGUCCACUACGAGACGAGGGAACAGCGAAGGAAUAGUAGCGAGGGCAAUCCUGUAGCAUGUCCGAAGGGAAUCAGAGAUCUAUUCGUAGACUACGCCAGCCAUCAUGUCGGUCUCACCUGUAUUGGACCGUGAUGUGUACGCACCAACCGACCAGCCGCGGUAUUGACGGUCAGACAGAUACGCAGAGUAUGAUCGUCGUUGAAAGUAUGCAUUAAGGAAACACAGUAAUGAAGGUGAUAUCAUGGUAUUCCGAGACAACUCUGUACGAUGAGCAAAACAAUAUUCCAAUCUUGCGGUCAAACCCACUUCACCCUUACCCGUCUACCCCACAAGCGCUCUAUGCUCCUGGCACGAAGGGACCGAGG